AUGUUCCCGGCGAUGUUCCUGCUGGUGGUGCUCGGAUUGUCGACGACGGUGGCGACGGACGGGACGGCCAGCGGCAAGGACGGCGAAUAUGAAAACACACCGCUGCACCUUUCUGAGGCCGUGCAGGGAACCGUGGGCCAGCUAGAGUGCAACAUAACAUCGCCAAUUAAGGGCGACCGAGCGAUACUGGUGAUGUGGUAUAAAGGCGCCCAGACGUUCCCGUUCUAUACGUUUGAUGCACGCGAUGUGAGAGAAGGAUCGCAUCGUAGCUCGAACUCGUCGUUUGAUGGGCGAGCCAACUUCGUCCCAAGCCGGAACCCGGCAAUGUUGGAAAUCCUACAAACGAAGGCAGCCGACAGCGGCAUCUACCGAUGUCGGGUCGAUUUCCACAAAAGCCCCACGCGUAAUACGCGUGUCGAGUUGACUGUCAUAGUGCCUCCAGAGAAGCUGCUUAUAGUGGACGAGAAAGGGUCGCACAUUCGUCACUACAUCCUGGGACCGUACAACGAGGGGACAACAAUAAACAUAACGUGCAUCUCGACCGGAGGUCGGCCCUUGCCGCAGGUGCAGUGGUGGUACGAAAACAAGGUAUUCAACAACACCUCCGUGGUGCUAUCGGACAAACGCGUCCGGAACACGCUCGUGCUGCAUCGCCUCGAGCGGAAGCACCUGAAGUCCGUCUUCACGUGCCAGGCAGCUAACAACAACGUCACCAUUCCCAUAUCGGCUUCGAUAACCCUCGAUAUGAACCUGCGACCUCUCUCAGUACGGCUGCAGGGAAAAAAUCGACCGCUUUCAGCAAACCACACGUACGAUCUGCAAUGCGAAGUGCUUGGAUCGAGACCGGCCCCUACUAUCACCUGGUGGAAGGGAAGCACCCAAAUGCGUGGACAUCAUGAAACGACCGACCCGGACGGCAACAUCACCGUAUCGAUCCUGAGCUUUCGCCCCACCAUUGACGACAAGGGAAAGUAUCUGUCCUGCCGGGCGGAGAUGGCCGUCAUCCCGGAUGCGGGCAAGGAGGACGGCUGGAAGCUUGAUAUCUACCACGUUCCCGUGGUGACGCUGGAGUACGGUACUAACUACAACUACACCUCUUCCAUUCCGGAAGGGGUCGACGUGUACUUCGAGUGCAACAUCAAGUCCAACCCGUGGGUGUACAAAGUGAUCUGGCGCCAUUACGGAAAGGAGCUGGUGAACAAUCCCUCCGAAGGAGUUACGGUGUCGAACCAGAGCCUGGUGCUGCAGAACGUCAGCCGCAGCCGGGCGGGUCUGUACACAUGCGUCGGCAGCAACCGGGAGGGCGAUGGCGAGAGCAACCCCGUCCAUUUGGACAUAAAGUUUGCCCCCGUCUGCCGGCCCGGCUUGGUGACGACGUACAACGUGGGCCGCAACGAGCUGGCGAAAAUCGUGUGCGAGCUGGAGGCCAACCCGACCAACGUCACGUUCACGUGGAAGUACAACACGUCCGUGUGGGAGAGCCUGGACUUACCGGCCUCGGAGGUGGCGAGCGACCAGGCAAAAAGCGUGGCACACUUCAAGCCGGUGACGGAAAAGGACUACGGGACGCUGCUUUGCUGGGGUCGGAACGAGAUUGGCGCCCAAACGGAGCCCUGUCUGUUUCAUCUCAUACCAGCAGGAAAACCGGACCCACUGUCGAACUGCACGAUCCUGAACCAGACGUUUGACAUGCUGCAGAUUGAGUGCCUCGAGGGCUACGACGGUGGGCUGCCGCAGGACUUCCUGAUCGAGCUGUACGUGAUCGGAAGCCGGCAGCAAAUGGCUUCGAUUAAAUCAAAAUCUCCCUCGUUCGACCUGAAAGGACUUGAGCCGGGCGUUGGCUACAACAUCAUACUCACCGCCAAAAACUCGAAAGGUUCCAGUGAUCCCACCUACCUGCAAGCGUUCACUCUCAAAAACCCCGAAAAGCAAACAGAUCUCUCGCUCGUGUACUCGCCGGCGUUGCUGCAGAUAAAGCCCUUCAUCGGGACGCUGCUCGGUGUGGUGGCCGCCAUCAUAUCGAUCGCCUCGAUCAUCGUGUGCAUCACCCGGUUGCGUGGAUCCGCCGGUCGCGAUCGUGAUUGUGCCAGCAACAUGUCGACGAACGACGCCUCCGGAAUCAGCCAAUCCAUCCCGGACGCGGAUCUGGCACGGGAGCAGCAGUGCAACGGCAGCAUCGACAGCAUCGAAAAGAACCCGGACAUCAUCCCGCAAGCGAAAUUACCGCACCUGCCGGAAGAAGACGAGAAAGCGUUCGAGUGGCUUAACAACGCGGCCCAUCCGCGGUUGUACGCGACGGCCGCAAUGGCGGAACAGCAGAGUGGUGGUUUGCUGCCAAAUGCGGCGACUGCAGCCACCUACGAUCCACGCGCUUUCUACGCCCUCGCUAGGGACGUCCAGCAACAGCAGCAACAGCAGCAGCAACAAAGCUGCAUGCAACAGAACGUCUACCCGGUGGUGUCAUCCGACGGUCAGAACUACAUCCCGGUGCAUGGUACCAUCAUCUCGACGCCCAUCGUCGGUGGGUAUGGCACCGACGCCCACAAGCAUGAUCUGACGUACGCCGACCUGACGGUGAGUGGGAGCGGCCCAGGUGGUGGCACCGGAAUGCAGAAGCUUAAUUCCGGCCCACCGCAGAUGUACGUCAGCGCAACUCUUGGCCGUCCGCGGCAGUCCGACAUCAAGCGGUCCGAGCCAACGAUCUAUGCACAGAUCGAUCUCGCCCAUCAUCCCUCCGUACAUUCGGGCAACCUCAUCUACACGAACGCGCCGCGCCAAUCGAUUCCGAUUUCGCACGCCACCGGCCUUCCGGUCAGCAGCGCCCACCUGCUCCAGCAACAUCCGGGGAUGCCGGUACCAGCGCCACUUCAAAGGGCGCCCGAUUCCGGUCAACCGUCCUCGCUCACGGAACGCUACCCACCGCCACCCCUAUUCGGGGGUUCGCUUCCGGUCGGCAAUCAACAGCACUGCCCCAGCGAGCCGUUGCUGCACAUCCCACCGCCUCCACCUACACCACCUCCUCCUCCUCCGCCCAUUCCACCACCCAAGCCCGUUAUUCGCGGACCAUCCAAAACUCCUGCGGCCAUGCCGAGCCUGCUGCAGACGGUUCCCGAACUUCCCCACAAUCCGAUCGGUCCAGGUCCAGGUCCAGGCGGUGUUUCCGCGCAGGAUCAUUCAACCGGUGGGUUGGCCACGAUUGGCGAGGGCCGGCUGCUGAACCAUGCCACGCGCUUCUGA